AUGGUCUAUUCUAUCGAAAAUACUUCAGUUCAUAACUACAACUUAACCAACAAUGACCAUUUAAAUGCCAACUUCAAAUUCGGAUUACGAGCCUAUAAUCCCAACAAGAGAAUUUCCAUAUAUUACGACAACAUUGAAGUGAAACUCUUCUUUAACUAUCAACCAAUUUCUUCUAAUGAUGUUGAACCAUUUUUUCAGCCUCAUAGAAAUGUGACACGUUUGGAUCUUUCACUUCCGGCGAAAGACGUGGUACUUUACGACGACAUUGCGCGUGAAUUUAAGACAGAAAGAAGUGCUGGGGUUGUGGAAGUUGAGGUGAAAAUUAGGGCAAAGAUAAGGUUUAAAGUUGGAGUAUGGAAAUCAGUGCUAAAAACAGGGAUAGAAAGCCCUGGUUCAAUUAGGGGAGGAGGCAGAGAAGCCGAGCUACGGGGCUACGGUUCAGUAGUUUUUGCUCAAGCAGUGUGGGCUCCUGAUGCUUCUUGA